GCGUGCCUUGUGAUUGGACCAGACGCGCAUGCGUGUGAAUUUAAACUUCCAGGCAGCGCACCGCUUAGUUUGUAAUUACUACCAUCUGUUUGCCAUAUAUUUCGGUGUUAGAGACGUGAGACUCGUCUAAAUACCAGUGUUGAUUUUUAAGGAAAGGCUGACUCAAAUAAAGGAUAUGGAUGCAAGCCUGAGAACAUUGACCAGGGUUUUCAGGAGAGAGUGUCAUCGAGUGGUAGACUCAGAGAUGACCACCAUCCAAGGGGCUGAUGGGAUGCUGAUGGUCCUACAGCUUUCUAUGGCUGAGGUCAACAAGCAGGAAUACGGUGACUUCGGAGUAGCUUUGAGUGAAGUUCUGGCUGUCUGGAAAUACUUCCUUCUGGAAAAGCUCCAGCUACCGCACAACACGAUUUCUCCUCCACAAAACUAUGACAUCAUCCGAAAAGAGUAUGAUUGCUUUUUGAAACGCACAAAUACUGUGGACUUGAUUGACGUCUUCGUUAUGUUCAAGGAGCUUCGGAUGAAUGAGGAACCAGAGGAGCCCGUAACAGCUCUGCAGAUGUUUCAGUUUCUCAUUGGGGAGGUGGAGAGCUCUGAGAAGGUGGAGUCUCUUCCUGUGUGUCCCUCAACUCCAUCUAGCAAGGCGGAAAGCUGUAGUCCUCAGAUAAAGAGAGUGGUCAGAGCAGUUUUUUCUUCUUAUUUGGCUCUUUUGAUAAACUCUAAGAAUGAUUUGGCCCUUGCAUACACCCUGGACAAUCCCAGCCGCUCUCUGGGACACAUGGCCUUCACAGAUCUCAGGCAUACUGCCCGCAACAGCAGCUCAUCUCUUUUCCUGACAGUAACUUCAUUUGUCAGGGCAAUACAGUUGGGAGGAAAGGGGUACGCUCCACCUGAGUCUCACCCUUUGCGGAGGCACGUGAAGGGCUUAUCAGAAUUUCUCAAUUUUGUUGACCAUUGUCAGGAAAUCUUAGGAGAGACCCCUAAUCCAAGAGAAGCCGGAUCCAAGCUGGUGUCUAGUAUCAGAGCCGCUCUGGUCAAAGGCCGCAGUGGUGGAGACCCAGUGUACCUUGCAGCAGAUGACAUGGCCAUUGAUCUCAAAGAAAGAAUCGGGCAAAUAUGCACAGCACAGACGCAGUCAGCGAUUGGCUUGGGAAUCAGUCCAGCAAGGCCAAGAGCAUACGCUAUAAACCACUCCACUGCAUAUGGGGGCAGAGAGACUGUCAAAGUUUUGAUGGCUCUUUUGGAUGAAGAAGCACUAGCCCCGCCCUGCAGGAACAAAGCAGAAUUGCUCUCUGAAGAUCAUGCGGUUCUUAAUGGAAGCGCUGGUUCCUGUCUUCUUACCCUUUUCAAGUCUCCCGAAGCUCCCACGGGAUCAUCUCCAGAGCCUUUGCGGAACCGCAUUUGCAGCCAACAAGAAAAUGUCAAGUCCAAGGUAGCACAGCCAACCAUCCGUUCUCAGUUUGCUUGUACAUACAAGGAUGGCGAUCUGCCCCUGAACAGGGUGUUGGAGUUUCCCAGUACAAGCCAGGUUCCCACUUGCAUUCACCCUGCACCCAAACAAAGCAUAUUUGCAUCUGUGGAGGGAACUGAGGUGGAUAACAGACCAGCAGCGGACCUAGAGGCCACUAACUCUCAGCCUGAAGGUCCCGGUAAAUCUGCUCUGGAGAAACGUAGUGGAAAUGCCUGGAACGGAACAGGUGGGAAGAGGACCCGGCCAGCACCGCUCCGAAAAGCAACCGAGACCUCCAAGAGAAAACUCGCCAGCAGGGAGUGCAUUGAACUGGGAAUGGAAGAGAACCAGCCCCCUCAAAAAAGACCCCCUGCCAAAGCCCCCGCUAGAGGAGCGGAGAAAAAGAACAGUAAAGCUGCCAGUAAGAAACUCAUUGCUGGUCAAGGGAAACUCACAAGCUUUUUCAGGCUGUAAUUCAUUCUCCCAUCUCCUAUCUGUAGCAAUGCUGCAUGUUAGCUGCACUGUCACUUGUUAUUUAUUGGUAGUCUAAACGCAUGUAACGUUCAACAAGCCAAAAUCACGUCAACGGGGGCUACUUGAAUUUGUAAGAACUUUUUUUUUUUCCAUGCAGGCUGAAAGUGUGUGUGUAUAUAUUUGUGUGUACAUGAGAAAGUUCGAGAAAGUAUCGAGUAGAUCUGGCAGGGAAGGAACUAGUUUUAAAGAACAUUGUGUGUCCUAAGUACUUUUUUUCAUUCUUUUUAAACACUGCUCAUUCGAUGCAGACUUGAAUACAUUUUUAUUGUUUUUAAAUUGUACAGAUAUGUAUUGUCAUAUGUUUGGAAUAACAUGCAGGAUGAAAUAAAGGGUACAGAAUACAACUGCUCCGGCUUCAAGCUUUCCAGCAUGGCCUGUAUACUCGACCUAUCAUGCAUCGUAGUACUGCAAAGAGAACAGAAAGAGAAAAACUAUUAAUUGCAUUGAAAUGGACUGCUACUUGUUUACUCUGGGACAUAUGGGAGUUACAUUCUCUGCAGAUAAACAACUUCAACUUUAUAAGAUGGUUUGCCAACCAAUCUCGAAAUCUUGAUCUUCAGGUGGAUUUUUUUUUUUUAGGCAGUUAUCAGCUGGGCAUCAGCUUUACCCGGCUGAAAGAUCGUUUUUUUUCCAAACUAUGAUCGUUUUGAAAUCAUGUUUUGUCGUCUUAAUGUGCAAGAUCAACGAGUGGCUUGAUUUUUCCAAUAAACAAAGUCUACUUUUGGUCUUAAGAAUGCUAUUGAUGAAAAAGGAGAUAAGUAACUUGGCAGUGCUUACGGUCUAUGUCCCUCCUACCCAUGGGAAUGACAUCAUCUGCACUCCGUGUAUCCCUCAUGCUGAAGCCAUCCAGAAUGUGAUCCAUCCCACGCAGUGGCAGAGUUUGUGGAAAUGCAGGAUAUGUUUCCCUCCCAGGAGACCUCUUGAUUUCUGUGUCCUGGUGGAAACAAAGGCAUUUCAAGUCAAUAUGUGGGGCAACCACUUGCUUAUAAUCCAGGCCUUUGAACAGAAGCAGCCAGAUGCACAAAGCUAAACCCAAAAUGCAGUUAUGCUUUGAGUGUGCGAGAUUCAAAAACCACACCUGGAGAUGUUUAAGUUAAUUUGAACAAAACACACCCAAGGGCAACCUCAAGAUCUCUCUCCAUAACUGCUCUUAAACUGCUGGCGUAUGGAGCCCCACAUGGAACAAAUGUGUCCAACUGCGACAAAGUUUCCCCAAGUCUUGCUUAGCCAAUUUUCUCAAGAUCACCUAGGGCCCUUUUAUCUGACUGUGUCCUUCCGAAACUCGCUGACUGUUCCAUUACUGCACUUGUAAUUGUGGCAACUUAAGGGUUCAAAUUUGAAUGUAAAAAUAAAGCAUUGUUAGAUGCCUACAAAGAUAUUCACCUUAUUUUUCACGUCAACAAGGGCGGCGCCAUUUCGCUCAUUUUGUCAACGUUCUUCCGGCCGCAUAGACGAUGAGCAGCUGAGGCAGUGACUGAAGGCGACACUUAGGCUUAAAAAGCUCACUCGAGCGCCUUUAUGUUUCUUUCUUACCAAUUUUAAGCCAACUGAGGAACACCCUUAUCCCAAGUAAUGGUUCGACUACGAUGUUCCGGUAACUUUAAACCACGCCGGGUGUUGAAAAGGUGGCCAGUUUCAGAUGCAUUGAUGUUUAGUGAUGCAGUGGACAACUGUGAGGAUGAUACAAUCAACAUGUUCCUAAACUGUGAUGCAGAAACACAAUGGGAGGAUCAAUCCGUCUCUGACCACAACUACACUUUAAAAUCACAACUCAACCUGAAGCAACCUACAUCUGAACUGGGGAAAACAAUGGUGCAGUUUCCCUGACAGGGCUUAUCCUGGUCCCAGGCUAAAAUGCAUAUUUGAGCUACAAUAAUUUAAAAACACCUUUUACUGACAUACCUCAACAUAUAUGAGUGCCAUUGUUUUGUCACAAGAUGCGCCCCACUCUUGUUUUUUUGUAGGGUUUGUUUGUAAAAACUAAAAUGUCCUUAUAUAAUUAAAUCCUAGUCCUGUAAACCCUGUCCGAGAAACUGCUUCAAUGUGUUUAGCUGGCAGAAAUGUACAUAUCUCUGCUGAGAAACAACCAUCUUUGGUUCAGCUUUACACAGGGUUGAUAUUGCAUCCAUUACACAGUCGCCAAGCACUUUACCAGUACAUACACCAACAGCUUCCAGAUAAACACUUUGGUUCAGCUCCUGAUGACUCCGAUAAAGCUGUGUCUUAAUUUAUUGCAGGGUGGUCUUGCUUAACCUGUUGUAAAGUUACAUUAAACCUUCAUAUGUGAUCAGAUGUCAUGCAGUGAUAUUAAACCUUUACAGUGUGAUCAGAUGUUGUGCAUUUAUAUUAAACCUUUACAGUGUGAUCAGAUGUUGUGCAUUUAUAUUAAACCUUUACAGUGUGAUCAGAUGUUGUGCAUUUAUAUUAAACCUUUACAAUGUUAUCAGAUGUUGUGCAAUUAUAUUAAACCUUUACUAUGUGAUCAAAUGUUGUGCAAUUAUAUUAAACCUUGACUAUGUGAUCAAAUGUUGUGCAAUUAUAUUAAACCUUUACAAUGUGAUCUGUUGUGCAAUU